AUGGCUGUUACCACUGAGGUCGUCACAAUCCUUUAUAGUGACGACGGUUUCUCUGUCAAUGUUCACGGUAUCUUCCCCGAUUCACUGAUAUCUAAACGAAGAGAGUAUUGGAACAGCAUCCUCCUCAUAUCCGAAGCCAUCUCAGCACUUGCAUGCUGUCCGCUAUUUGGACACUUGCUAGACGUCUCUGGAACACGCCAGGCGCCAUAUUUAUUUGGGAUCAUGUUAUUGUUCGCAUCUAUGGUCAUUUUCACAGCUUCACACACAGUGACAUGGUACAUAAUCGCCAGGGUGCUCCAAGGCGCAGCAACAGCCAUGGUUUCGGUAGCUGGUCUUGCAAUCAUGACUGAUGUAGUAGACAAAGCGAGUCUUGGACAAACGAUUGGAUACCUCGGCACAGCCAUGACAUUGGGACUUAUAUCUGGUCCACUACUGGGCGGAGUGGUUUACGGAGUCGGGGGAUUCUAUGCUGUUUUUGGUAUGGCUUUUGGGAUCAUUGCUCUUGACUUCUUUCUCAGACUUGCUGUUAUUGAGAAGAGGAGUGCUGAACGUUGGCUGUGCCUCACUGAUGGCGAGCGGCCAAGUCAGGAGAAUGGUUAUAUCCCCGAGCAGCCGCCAUACGGAACUAUGGGGACUAUAGCCAGUAAUGGUCAUAGUGCCACGGAAAUUUAUAAGAAUACUUUUGCGCUGGGGAAGCUACUGAAGCAGCCACGGAUUCUUAUUAGCCUUUGGGCAGUUAUAGUUGGGGCUCUUGUGGUCUCGGCAUUUGAUGCGACACUCCCAGUCUUUGUGGAGGAUACAUUCCAGUGGAGUGUUCUAGGUGCUGGUCUGAUAUUCUUGCCAGGUGCUUCAGUAGCUAUUUUCCAACCCUUUUUUGAAUUUUUAUCUGAUCGCCUCGGAUCGAGAGUGAUUGCAUGUGCAAGCUUUGUCAUUCUAGGCCCGAGUCUGAUUUGUCUUCGUUUCGUUGGGGAAAACUCGCCAUCGCACAUAGCUCUUCUUGGUGUGCUUCUGGGCCUUAUUGGAAUGUGGAUCGACUCAUGCAAGCGGGCCUUGAUAAUGGAGAUUCAGCGUAUCCUGGAUGACAUGGAAGCCGAAGACCCGUGGGUCUUUGGGGGUAGGGGAGCCGUGGCUCAGGCUUUUAGCUUAGAGAAUAUGGCACGUUUUGGCGGUUUGGGAUUAGGACCUAUGGUGGGUGGGUUUGUGGAGUUCCAAUAUGGCUGGAAAGUUAUGACUCUUGGGCUGGGAGUUCUUUCUGCGAUUACUGCUAUGCCUAUGUUAUGGCUCAGUGGUCCUACGAAAGACGUCUCCUGGACUGAGUCUGCUGAUGAAGAAAUGGAACGUGAAUUCCUGCUGGGGGAGUAG